GUCUUGUUGUAUAACAAGUGAUCCGGUCACUUGGGCGUAAAAGUGUUGUGCAAAGCGCAAGCCGCGUGGUGCCUUCGUGUCCUGCUGCAUCCUGCUGCUGUGGGUCCCUGGUGGGCACCACAGUGGCACGGUGGCGAGGUCAUCCUGGGUAAAGUGACUCCAGCUGAUACACGCGCAGCGGAAAGAACAGCCUCUGGGGGUCCCAGCUCUGCCUGCGUUUCCGUCCUUGGGAAAACCGGUUAACACCUGCACACUUUAGGGUCGGACUCCUCCCCUCCGGAGGCCUUCCCGGUCCUAAGAUCUUGACCAGCUAAGCGUUUGGGGAGGUUCUGAAUGAGUGUUCAGUCUGCGAAAGAAAGAGCCACGUAAGCGUGGCCACGGUGACGCCGGUGUUUCCUUUCCGACUUUUCAGACUGCUGUUCGAAGAUGCCGAGUCGGAAGUUCGCCGACGGGGAGGUGGUACGGGGUCGCUGGCCCGGGAGCUCGCUUUACUACGAAGUUGAAGUUCUGAGCCAUGACAGCGGCUCCCAGCUCUACACCGUGAAGUACAAGGACGGGACGGAACUCGAGCUGAAGGAGGGUGACAUCAAGCCCUUGACUUCCUUCAGGCAAAGGAAGAGCGGCUCAGCCUCCAGCUCUCCCUCCAGACGCCGAGGGAGUAGGUCCAGGUCCCGCUCCCGAUCCCCGGGCCGACCUCCCCGAAGCUCCCGCCGAUCCGCCUCUGCCUCGCACCAGGCCGACAUUAAGGAGAUGAGGAAGGAAGUGUUGGAAGUGAAGCUGACCCCGCUCGUGCUGAAGCCAUUCGGAAAUAGCAUCAGCAGAUACAACGGGGAGACUGACGUCCGACUCUCGGAAAAAUUCCAUCUGUCAGAGGAACGUAGUUACGUAUCUGCACAGUAUAGCCUGCGUCCUAGAAGAGAAGAGAUAAAAGCAAUGGACUCAAAGGAAGAAAACAUUGUUACAACGACAAGAUCUGCGUCGCUGAAAACCUCUCAAGCUCCAGCCACGCAGACCAAGGACCUGGAGUUUGGGGGAGUCCCUGGCGUGCUUCUCAUCAUGCUGGGACUGCCCGCCUGCCUCUGCCUGUUGCUGUUGAUGUGUAAACAGAAGGAGCCCAGUCUUCUGAACUUCCCGCCUCCGUUGCCGGCCUGGCAGGAUUUGUGGGAAACCAGAGUGUUUGGGGUCUACAUCCUCUGGUUUCUAAUGCAGGCUCUGUUCUACCUGCUGCCAGUUGGGAAGGUUGUGGAAGGAAUGCCCCUUGCUGACGGAAGAAGGCUCAAGUACAGACUCAACGGUGAGUUGUCGUUUUCACGCCAACCGGCGAGCGCAGGAAGCCUGCGAGCGUCGCGCUCCGCCACCCGUGGGAGCCGGGUCCAGCCGGGCGGGGGGUGUGCGGGUGCGGGGACAGUGCCCGUCGCUUCUCCCUGGCACGCGGUUUCAUUUUCCUAUCCCGGGCCGGGGACCUUGGUUGUGGGUCCCUGGGGACCCCUGGUGCCGGGCAGGGGGCUGGCCUGCGGGAGGCUUGUCAGCUGUGAGCACCGGGCAGGUCUAUACCUCCGUCGGACAGCAGGGCUUAUUUUAAAGCCUCACAGUUGCCAUACUGUUUGGGUAAGAACUUUUCCCUUUCCAGGAAAUGCCAUCUAUGAUUUCUUCAUCGGCCGUGAAUUGAAUCCUCGGAUCGGUACUUUUGACCUCAAAUACUUUUGUGAAUUGCGCCCUGGAUUGAUUGGAUGGGUGGUGGUGAACCUGGCGAUGCUUCUGGCUGAGAUGAGGCUGCAGAACCGAGCUGCCCCGUCCUUAGCGAUGACUCUGGUUAACAGUUUCCAGCUCUUGUAUGUGGUGGACGCGCUCUGGAACGAGGAAGCACUGUUGACAACCAUGGACAUCACCCACGACGGGUUUGGGUUCAUGCUGGCGUUCGGAGACCUAGUGUGGGUUCCCUUCAUCUACAGCCUCCAGGCCUUUUAUCUGGUCGGCCACCCAAACGAAGUGUCUUGGCCGAUGGCCUCUCUCAUCAUUGCCCUGAAACUUUGUGGAUAUGUCAUCUUCCGACGUGCAAAUUCUCAGAAAAACGCAUUCCGGAAAAAUCCCGCUGAUCCAAAGCUUGCACAUUUGAAAACCAUUCACACUUCGACGGGAAAAGACCUUCUGGUUUCUGGAUGGUGGGGCUUUGUUCGCCACCCCAAUUACUUGGGUGACCUCCUCAUGGCCCUGGCGUGGUCCCUCCCCUGUGGUUUCGGUCACGCUCUGCCGUACUUCUACGUCGCCUACUUCACCGUGCUGCUGGUGCACCGGGAGGCCCGCGACGAGCGCCACUGCCGCAGGCGGUACGGCCUGGCGUGGGAGCAGUACUGCCGGCGGGUGCCCUACCGUAUCCUGCCCCGCGUGUACUAGCCGCCCACGCGCCUGCCCCGCGGCUUCCCCGGGAGACCAAGAGAAGGCUCUGGAGCGAAUCUUCAUCUGUCGCACCGACAGGGUCUUACUUUUCUUUCUGAGUCCGGACCGGGGGGGCCCGGUGGUCUUUUAACGCAGCCACGCCUGCGGCCACUCGGUCCUGACGCCGGACGGAGGACAAGGGGGAUCGUUGGGAUUUGCUUUGUGCCGGGAGACGGGCCGUCCUUGAAGAUGCACUGAGACAAUCCCGGUGACGUCUGUGGGUCUCCAGGACUUUCCAGCUGUGACUGUUUCGUUCUGUCCUCGUGUUUCCUAAGUGACACCAGCCGCCCCGUGGAGCCUCGUCCACGUCUCGUGAAGAGAACUCGCGUCCGCUUGCUUUUGAAGUAAAUCAUCCGUGGGCGACGGGGUUUGAAAGAGGUCUCGGGUCCCAUGUCCGCUGCCGUGAGCGGGGACCCGGUGCUCUCUGUGAGCGGGGACGGGGCCGUUCGCAGGGGCAGAUGAAGGGAGACCCUCAGCAGUUCGCUCACCCUCCGCUUCUGGAACUGCGCCGGAAAGUGUAAGUACACAGAUUUUAUGUAAUAUAUGGGGACUGCAGGUCUUUCUGUACAGUAUUUGAAUGUGAAAUAAGCGUUAGGACUAAGGAUCUUUUUAACGAAAACGUUUGCAGUAUUUUAAAUUAAAUUUUAUAAAGUCAUACCUGUCGAUUAAAAAUUGUGAAACCAUUAGAAUUCACUUGACGUUGUCUAAAAGAGGCUGGUAAGACCCAGGAGGGGUGUUUUCCUUAACCCAAAGCUGGCGGAUUUGGCUUUGCUACCUCACGCGCAGGUGUCCGUUUUGCCUUUAUAAACUGUUGCAGAUAGGAAAAAAAAUAGAAUAUAUAUUUUUGGAGUCACAGCACUAUUUAAACAUUUUUACACAGAUUGGUUUUUGAAAACUUGCCAUUUCGGGCUAAUAUUUUUGUACGUUUUUGACUUUUUUAAGAUAAAACCGUGAUUUUGCUACGGGUGAGGCCACGCUGUUUAUACUGUAGCUCGUACGUCCCUUGUCUUCACCAACGCUCUUCCCCGUGACCGGGGGGGCGGCGCUCCUCUUUAGAAGCCUGUCGAUCUACAGAUAAUUGAAGGGAAGAGUCUAUUUUGUUUAGUCAUUGGUCCGUUUUAGUUUUAUUUUUGUUUAACGGAGGUGCACGGGGCCGCCGUAGCUGUGGAGUUCUAGUCGAUGUAGUCUCCUAAUUAAUUGUCCUGUAACGGACCAGUAGCAGAUUCACUAAAAGAUUGUAUUUAAAUUGUUCUCGGGAUCUUAACUGUGGGGGAAUCGAACGGAGCGUCUGGGGCGUCGAUGCAUCUUGUAGACGAGACACGGGUCCGCGGUGUUGUCCUGCGUUGCCGUGGGCGCCGUGUGUGACUUUGCUCCGUGAACGUGAUGGUGACGCUGGCGGCCUCUGGCACCCUCGCCCGCACCCCGUGGUCUUCGUGUCUUCCACGCUGAUGGAAGCAAGCAGCUUUGCUUCUGCUUUUCUCCUGCGUCGGAAAGAGUGUCCCAUCGUGUCCUCGAGUCACCAACGAAGCUUUGGGGGAGGAAGGAGGAGGUCUAGUUCUUUCUCUGGUAAUGUGAAAAGAGCCUUUACCAACAUAGUGCUGCAGUUUCUGGAUAUCAGCUAUGAUUUGUUUUUAGUUGUUUUUGACACGUUUGUUUGACAAGUUUUAUAAUGAAGUUUGGAGUUGGAAAUAAAGUUGAAAAUAAAAAAGAUGUUGGCCUUUGC